ACAACACAUAGAAACGGUGUUUGUACAUUUCUGCAUUGCAUUUGCAUGCCUUUCUCUCUCCUACCUCUUCGGCUCUUCUCUCUCAACACCACCAUCUUCAACCUUCAAAUAACUAACACACCAAAACAUAAAUAAAGUAUGGCAGUUGAUGAAUCAAGACAACAUCAUCUCAAUUUCUUCACAGAUUUCAACCUCACCAACCCCAACACCACAAACAAUAUAUCAGCCAUUACGACGUCGUUGAACAACGAUUCUCUCCAUUUCCCAUUCUACAACCUCAACGACGUCAUUUUCCAUCAACUUUCCGGCACCGGAAAAAUUUCUCCGGCGGUUAAAGACGACAGCGGCGUAACGUUUAACAACAGUUUCGCUCCUCCUCCGACAACGACGAAUUCUAGAAAGCGUCAAAGAGAGCAAAUCUCCUGUGUUGCGCCUACUUUGCUUACUAUGAACUCGGUUGUCAAUAACGGUGUUGUUAAUCGAGAUAAAGAUUCCGAUAUAUUUUCUUUCCUUGGCGAAGAUCUUUCGCUUCUAAUCAUGCAACAACAGUUAGAAAUCGAUCGAUUAAUCUCUCAACAUAUGGAGAAGAUGAGAAUGGGAGUAGAAGAGAGGAAGAAGCAGCAAGUACGGAGAAUAAUGGCGUCAAUUGAAGAAUCAUUAGGAGGAAGAUUGAGAGAUAAAGAAGAAGAAAUCGAUAAAAUCGGGAAAAUCAAUUGGACAUUAGAAGAAAGAGUGAAAUCACUUUGUUUAGAGAAUCAGAUUUGGAGAGAUUUGGCACAAUCUAACGAAGCAACAGCAAACGCACUACGAACAAACCUCGAGCAAGUUCUUCAACAGGUGAAAAACAAUAAUAAUAUUGUUGAUUAUCAUCAUAAUCAUGAUUUAACAGACGACGCCGUUUCAUGCUGUGGAAGUAACGGUUGCGGUGACGAUGAGAGAGAAAAUGAGAAAGAUGAUGAGCAGCAACAAUGGCGGAAAAAGAGGAGGUUGUUGUGCGAACAAGAUGAAAACGACAAUAAAAAAGGAUGGAUUUACCGCGGUAAAACUAAAGGGAAGAUUUGUAGGGAGUGUGGAGAAGGUGAAAGUAGUGUUUUACUUUUACCGUGUAGGCAUCUCUGCCUAUGUAGUUCGUGUGGGUCCAUGGUAAAUAUUUGCCCCAUCUGUAACGCUGUCAAGAAUGCCAGUGUUCAUGUUAACUUGUCGUCAUGAAUGAACAAGGUAGGAAAACAGAAAAAAGAUUAAUUAGAAAUAAGUACAUAUGUAAAUUAACUACAUUUCUAGUUCUUUCAAUUUUUUUUGGUUAUUUUUUUUUAAGAUCUUUUUUAUACAAUUGUUUUUUAAUUGAUAGUAGUAGACUAGUAGUAUCUGCCUAUCAGAUUUUGAUUUAGAUUAUAGAACAAUAUUAUUUGUUGCCUUUUA